CGUCUGUAAAAUACUGUUGGUAAUCUGUGUCCUUACAGGAAGGGGAAAACUUUUUCUAUAUGCACCACUGCAUAUGCUGCUGCUCUCAGAUUUGCUUGGUCUUUGUUUAGUUUUCCUGUUUUGUUCUGGAAACUCAUUUUUUUUCACUAAAAGGGACACAAUUCUUUGUUCCACUGCUAUCUGUCGUAUGUUCUGGGCGUGCAAGGGGUUAAUCACUACGUAGAAACGUCAUGAAUCCCAUCAAACUGACUGAAGAUGAAAUGGCUGAAGUUAAAAAAGAUGCAAUUGAAUCAUUACGACACUACCUGUGUGACAAAAUUAUAGCAGAAAGACAUUUUGAUUACCUGCGUUCCAAAAAAAUAUUUUGCAAAGAUGAUACAGAAGAGAUUUUGUGCAAAACAACCAGUCGGAGAAAAGCUGGAGAACUAUUGGAUCGUUUAGCCAAGAACCCUAAAGGACUCGAUGCCUUAAUCGAAUCAAUACGACUAGAAAAAACACAAGAUUUUCUCAUAGAAAAGAUUACAGAUGAAGUUCUUCGAAUGAAAAAUAGUAAACUGAAGUCAUAUAAGGGCUCCAGCUUAAGCACAUAUGUUCCUCCGCCAAAUGGAUUAUCCAAUAGCUUACUGAAUGAAUUAGCCAGCGAAGAUAAAUUUUCAGAGUCUGAGAUAGGAUCUACAGCUCUUUAUCAUCCAGAAGGGGAAUCCAGUCUUCCUGCUUAUUUCAGCUCUUCCCUAACAUUAAUGAAUAAGCCUUGUGUAGAAAUAGGAUCUACAAGGACCAGUAGACAAAGUGUUCCAUUCUCGACUAACCUCCCAAAGCCAGGUGAACCAGGGGCGCCUUCACUUCCAAAGUACCUUCCAGCGGAACCUGAGGAAAACUGUGUCAUUUCACCAGUCGACAACCAAUUUCUGCCUCUAAGAUCGAAUUCUCCGUACAACCCAAGAAGUCUUGUGUUUGGCCAAACAACCAUUUGACUCCGGAGAUUAAUUUCACAGUAUUAAUGUACCAACCUACCAUGAAGAUCCAAAAAAGACUAUAAAGGUGUGGUCACAAUUAGUGAAAUCUAUUCAGGCACUGAACAAAGAUCUCUAAAAAAUAAAUUACAUUUUAGAAAUUUACAUUUGAUGAAAUUCCAUGUUAAGCAUUAUACAGCAAGCCAGUAACAGUGAUGCUAUUUUAUCCGGAGAUUGUGUUUACCCUAAGUAUUGUUAGUUUUCUUAUAUGAUAAAUACCGUGGUCUCAUAAACAUAUACGUUCUGCGCUACAACUGACGUCAUUUGUAAUAAAAUGCUGAAUACGGUGGAA